CUUGUCUGCCUUUCACCGAGGGAGAGAGAAAGGGAGGGUUCUUCACUUGGCUACCUCUUUAUUUGUUUCCUCGACCCUUUUCGUUUCAAUUUUCUUCAUCAACAACUUAAUUCAUCACAAUUUCUGAUAAUCCAAACCAAACCCACUUCUAUUUUCAUCGCAAAUCUUGAUGGAUCCACAGAUUUAAUGCCUUCAGACCGACUUGAUCUUCUUGAUCUUGCGAGAUCUUCAUCUUGUUGUUCUUCUCCGGGCCUUGCUCAUUCAUGGGAGCGUCCAUUGAAGUGUUAACUGUUAUGCUGAUAUUUUGGAGGGUUGUUUGGAUGAGAUGAGGGAUGUUCUCAGGGUUGAUGAACUUUCUGAAAGCUUGUUUUCGACCGCGGUCGGAUCGACAUGUGCACAAAGGUUCAGAUGCUGGUGGUCGACAGGAUGGUCUCUUAUGGUACAAGGAUAGUGGACAGCAUGCCAAUGGUGAGUUUUCAAUGGCUGUAGUUCAGGCUAAUAAUUUACUUGAGGAUCAAAGCCAGAUGGAGUCGGGCAAUUUGAGCUUGCACGAGGCUGGGCCAUAUGGUACUUUUGUUGGUGUGUAUGAUGGGCAUGGAGGGCCAGAGACAUCUCGCUAUGUAAAUGAUCAUCUCUUCCAGCAUCUUAAAAGGUUUGCUUCCGAGCAACAGUCCAUGUCGGUGGAUGUCAUACGAAAGGCGUUUCAAGCUACCGAAGACGGGGUUAUCGCUCAAGUUUCAAAACAAUGGUCAAUGAGGCCACUAAUUGCAGCUGUUGGAUCUUGCUGCCUUGUAGGUGUAAUUUGUGGUGGAACUCUUUACAUAGCUAACCUUGGUGAUUCACGAGCUGUUUUAGGGAGAGUUGUAAAGGCAACAGGGGAAGUUUUGUCUGUCCAGUUGUCGGCUGAGCAUAAUGCAUCAAUAGAGUCUGUCAGGCAGGAGCUCCGGGCCCUGCACCCUGAUGAUCCACAUAUUGUUGUCUUGAAGCAUAAUGUAUGGCGUGUGAAGGGCCUUAUACAGGUUUCUCGAUCCAUCGGUGAUGUCUAUUUAAAGAGAGCUGAGUUCAACCGAGAGCCUCUAUAUGCUAAGUUUCGCCUUCGUGAACCUAUCAAAACGCCCAUACUGAACGCCGAACCAUCCAUUUCAGUGCUCCAGUUGCAACCACAAGAUCAAUUUAUUAUAUUUGCUUCAGAUGGGCUCUGGGAACACCUUAGCAAUCAGGAAGCUGUUGAUAUUGUCCAAAACCAUCCACGCAAUGGAAGUGCAAGGAGGUUAGUGAAAGCAGCACUGCAAGAGGCAGCAAAGAAACGAGAAAUGAGGUACUCCGAUUUGAAGAAGAUUGACCGUGGCGUACGGCGACAUUUCCACGAUGACAUCACAGUGGUUGUUGUGUUUCUCGACUCGAACCUUGUGAGCCGGGCUAGCUCUACAAAAUGCCCAAGCCUAUCCAUGCGAGGGGGCGGAGUUAACUUGCAUCCUAACUCAUUGGCCCCUGGCAUGGCCUGAUUAGGCCAUAAUCAUCUCAUGUUUGUCUGUUGUAUUGAUAUCAUAUGUGAAUACCAGGUAGCUUCCAACAGAGAUAAAGUGGAGCCAGGCAUCAAUCCUUUUACCAUACAACACUGUAACUGUUAACUCAAAAACCAAAGCAACUGAAGUAGACAGCUUCAAGUCGCCUGUAAUUGUAGCUAAUUCCUUCCCAAGAUUUUUUCUUCACCCAUUUUGCUCACUGCUUAGCUCUUGUAAAUUGUAUGUAUCAUGACUCAGUUCAUGCUGAACUGCCUAUCUGUCAUUCAUUACAUCCGUAUAAAAUCAUCAAGUUCGGUGCUAGCA